AUGGCGCGCUCACUCAGCAAAGUCCAAAAACACAUUUCCAAGAAGAAGGGAGGGAAAAUCAACAGCCUUCAUGAGAAUAGUCGAGAUGCAAGGCGUCUACGAGCAGCCGGCGCACGGGAAGACAAGUUGCAUCGUAUCAUGGACGCUACUCUCAAGUCUAAUCAGAUAUAUGUCGACAGGAUAGCCUGGUUUAGAUCAGCCUUGGAGGGUUCCGUCGGCGCCGUCAGCGACGAAGAGAUGCACGUCCUAACACAGGGCUUUAUCGAUCGAGAGGAUGAGCAAUUAGAGGAAGCUAAGAGCCAACGACGACCUGGUCGUCCUCCCAGCAAGAUAGAGGAUCAGAUCAAACAGAGAAAGGAAGCCGAAGAACGCGAAUUUCGUGGAGGAUUCUGGGUACCUGAAUUUCGAAGUGCUGAGGGUCGCUCGAAACUGGAACGAUGGACUGGGGACUGGAGCGGACUCAACACCCUAGAUUUCGUGCGUGUUGUGAAGGCAGGAUCGAUUAAGGCAUCAAGUUUUCCACCAAAAGGCCUAUCUUGA